CAUAUCUGAUGGUAUGUAUCUAUUUCCCUUAGCGACAUAUCCCAAUAAAUCGUCUUGGUUUGGCGCAUUAGGGUCCGUCUGAUUGUGUUUGUUUUUUAAAUAUUCCUGCUGUUUUCAGCUAUUUAAUCUUAACUUUCUUGUCAUAAACGUCACCGAGUCUGGCAAGGUUGUAGGACAACGGAAUGGUGAAAGCUUUUAUGUGUCCUUCUCUUGCGUGUGGAAGACUAUGAGUAAAGAGUCCAGGAUGAGGGCAACAGUAAACCAGAAGCUAACAGAGAUGGGGGAACGAGAGAGGCUGAAGGAGUUGCUGAGGGCUAAACUCACUGAGUGUGGAUGGAAGGACCAGAUGAAAGCUCACUGCAAAGAAGUAAUCAAAGAAAAGGGCUUGGAGCACGUGACUGUGGAGGACCUGGUGGUAGAGAUCACUCCUAAAGGAAGAGCCUUGGUGCCAGACAGUGUCAAGAAAGAGCUUCUUCACAGAAUAAGAGCCUUCUUAGCUCAGCAUGCCACAUGAUUUAGAUUUUUAACGUUUCCUUAGACCACUUGCCUGUGAUAUAGAUAUUGAAUCUUAAAGAUGUUGUCAAUUUGAGUUUUCCGAGCCAUACUGACACACACUUUGCUAUUUGGUUGUGUGGCUACUAGUUCUGUGAUGUACAACAUAUUUGUUAAUGCACCUACCUUGCACACUUAGUCGUCAUUUGUAUAAAAGAUAUGCUGUAUAAUAAAAGUGUUUUGGUUUAUU